UCUCUCUCUCUCCAGUGUAGGAUAUUUAUCACAAAUUCACAAUUGCGUCUUUAUUGAUCACAUUAAUUAAUCGGGUCGAUGAGACAAGUAUCCCUAAAUUAUGUCAUAUCCGCUUUGCAGGUCCCUGUACAUCGCUGAUGUUUCACCAGCCCUUCUGCUGCCACAAACUUUUCCACCUCGUACUCAGUCACGAGCGGCUGAUGUUGUCUCUCGCGCUGCCUGCGUAGCAUGCGCGUUCGGAGCAGUGGUAAAUGUGAUGACUAGUCCGCUGGCAAUGAUCUACCCUUCGUCUCUUUCUCUGGAGUUGUUAAAUAGCUGGGGCAUUUGACCUUUUUUUUUCUUCUUAUUAAUAACAGGCACAAUCACCAGUCAUCUUCCACACUGACUGAGCGACGUGCUUGAAACAUACCGAGACAGAGGAACGGGAGACGACCCCGUUUGUGGGCAGAAUGUCCGUGGUGUCCGUGGUGCUGAAUCCGCUGCUGUUUCUACUGCUGUUCGGCUACUGCCCUUCUGUGACAGUCAAGCCUAAGAAAGGCUGGCAGGUGUACAGCUCGGCCCAGGAUACAGAGGGGAGGUGUAUCUGUACAGUGGUGGCUCCUGAACAGAACCUCUGCUCCAGAGACGCCAAGGAGGGACAGCUCCGUCAGCUACUGGAGAAGGUCCAGAACAUGUCCCAGUCAAUCGAGGUGCUGAACCUGCGGACUCAGAGAGACUUCCAGUACAUCAUGAGGAUGGAAGGCCGGUUCAAAGAGCUAAGGUCAAAGUUCAGACAGAUAGAGACCAAGAGGAAGACAAAGGUCAACAGAAACUUCCAGGAGUUGAAGGGUAAGAUGGAUGCCCUACAGCCUCUGAUCCCUGUGUUGGAGCAGUACAAGACUGAUGCCCAGCUCAUCGUCCAGUUUAAACAGGAGAUCAGGAACCUGUCCAUGGUGCUCACAGCCAUCCAGGAGGAGAUAGGGGUCUACGACUCUGAGGAACUACAACAGAGGGUCUUGAAUCUGGAGAGCAGGCUACGCAACUGCAUGGGCAAACUCACAUGUGGUAAACUGAUGAAGAUCACUGGACCUGUGACGGUGAAGACCUCUGGUUCACGGUUUGGAGCUUGGAUGACUGAUCCACAGGCCUCCCCUAGAAACAACCGGGUCUGGUACAUGGAUAACUACACCAACAACAAGAUCGUCAAAGAGUACAAGUCCAUAGCAGACUUUGUUUCCGGGGCCGAGUCUCGGACCUACAACCUGCCGUUCAAGUGGGCCGGGACCGACCACGUGGUGUACAAUGGCUCUCUGUACUACAACAAGGCCCAGAGCAACAUCGUGGUGUGUUAUCGCUUCGAGACGGGCCGCGUUGUGACCCAGAGAGCCCUGGAGAAGGCCGGUUUCCACAACGUCUACCCUUACACCUGGGGAGGCUACUCCGACAUAGACCUCAUGGCCGACGAGCUGGGCCUGUGGGCCGUCUACGCCACCAAUCAGAACGCAGGAAACAUCGUCAUCAGCCAGCUCAACCCCGACACGCUACAGGUCCUCGGAACCUGGAACACGGAAUAUUCCAAACGGAACGCGGGGGAGUCCUUUAUGAUCUGCGGAACACUCUACAUCACUAACUCUCACCUGACUGGCGCUAAGGUCUACUACUCGUACUCCACCAAGACCUCCAGCUAUGAAUACACAGACAUCCCCUUCCAUAACCAGUACUUCCACAUGUCCAUGUUGGACUACAACGCCAGGGACCGGGCUCUGUACGGCUGGAACAAUGGACACCAGGUUCUGUUCAACGUCACGUUGUUCCAUAUCAUCAAGACAGAGGACGAUUCCUGAGGAGGAAGAACCUCAGGGGAACUCAGAGGAUUCCACUGGAACACUGACUAACAUUCCUGGUGUUCCGGUGUUCCGUCAGUCAUUGUGGAAGUUCUAUCUAAUUGGUAUUUUUUGCUCUCUUCUUUUGACAAUCCAUCUUCGGAUCUAUUGGCUUCCCUUUCAAAUUCCUAAUGCAAGAAUUACUAAAGAUGUUGGCCUCCGAACUCUGAACUGUCUCCCAAUGUCAUGACAGAGUCAUGAUAUUCUCUGGUAGUCCUACCUAGCAACCCCGAUGUUAAAUAAUCUGGCCCUCUAACGAUGACAUCAUGCCCUGACAGUCUUCCUCUUGGGUUUUUUAAAUUCAUUUUCCUCUCUUUUGACACAAGCCUUUAUUUUCACUGUAUCCCUUUCCUUUCAGCUACUCUACACUGGACUCUGAGACAUUGGCUGGGCUUGGGUAACAUGCCUCUGAUUGGCUGGGCUUGGGUAACAUGCCUCUGAUUGGCUGGGCUUGGGUAACAUGCCUCUGAUUGGCUGGGCUUGGGUAACAUGCCUCUGAUUGGCUGGGCUUGGGUAACAUACCUCUGAUUGGGUGGGCUUGGAUAACAUGCCUCUGAUUGGCUGGGCUUGGGUAACAUGCCUCUGAUUGGCUGGGUUUGGGUAACAUACCUCUGAUUGGGUGUGCUUGGGUAACAUACCUCUGAUUGGGUGGGCUUGGAUAACAUGCCUCUGAUUGGCUGGGCUUGGGUAACAUGCCUCUGAUUGGCUGGGUUUAGGUAACAUACCUCUGAUUGGAUGGGUUUAGGUAACAUACCUCUGAUUGGAUGGGCUUGGGUAACAUGCCUCUGAUUGGCUGGGCUUGGGUAACAUGCCUCUGAUUGGCUGGGUUUGGGUAACAUACCUCUGAUUGGGUGGGCUUGGGUAACAUACCUCUGAUUGGCUGGGUUUGGGUAACAUACCUCUGAUUGGGUGGGCUUGGGUAACAUACCUCUGAUUGGCUGGGUUUAGGUAACAUACCUCUGAUUGGAUGGGUUUAGGUAACCUACCUCUGAUUGGAUGGGCUUGGGUAACUUACCUCUGAUUGGCUGGGUUUAGGUAACAUACCUCUGAUUGGCUGGGUUUAGGUAACAUACCUCUGAUUGGAUGGGUUUAGGUAACAUACCUCUGAUUGGAUGGGUUUAGGUAACAUACCUCUGAUUGGAUGGGUUUAGGUAACAUACCUCUGAUUGGAUGGGUUUAGGUAACCUACCUCUGAUUGGAUGGGUUUAGGUAACAUACCUCUGAUUGGAUGGGUUUAGGUAACCUACCUCUGAUUGGAUGGGUUUAGGUAACAUACCUCUGAUUGGAUGGGUUUAGGUAACCUACCUCUGAUUGGAUGGGUUUAGGUAACAUACCUCUGAUUGGAUGGGUUUAGGUAACAUACCUCUGAUUGGAUGGGUUUAGGUAACAUACCUCUGAUUGGAUGGGUUUAGGUAACAUACCUCUGAUUGGAUGGGUUUAGGUAACAUACCUCUGAUUGGAUGGGUUUAGGUAACAUACCUCUGAUUGGAUGGGUUUAGGUAACAUACCUCUGAUUGGAUGGGUUUAGGUAACCUACCUCUGAUUGGAUGGGUUUAGGUAACAUACCUCUGAUUGGAUGGGUUUAGGUAACAUACCUCUGAUUGGAUGGGUUUAGGUAACAUACCUCUGAUUGGAUGGGUUUAGGUAACCUACCUCUGAUUGGAUGGGUUUAGGUAACCUACCUCUGAUUGGAUGGGUUUAGGUAACCUACCUCUGAUUGGAUGGGUUUAGGUAACAUACCUCUGAUUGGAUGGGCUUGGGUAACAUACCUCUGAUUGGAUGGGUUUAGGUAACAUACCUCUGAUUGGAUGGGCUUGGGUAACAUACCUCUGAUUGGAUGGGUUUAGGUAACAUACCUCUGAUUGGAUGGGUUUAGGUAACCUACCUCUGAUUGGAUGGGUUUAGGUAACAUACCUCUGAUUGGAUGGGUUUAGGUAACCUACCUCUGAUUGGAUGGGUUUAGGUAACAUACCUCUGAUUGGAUGGGUUUAGGUAACAUACCUCUGAUUGGAUGGGUUUAGGUAACAUACCUCUGAUUGGAUGGGUUUAGGUAACAUACCUCUGAUUGGAUGGGUUUAGGUAACAUACCUCUGAUUGGAUGGGUUUAGGUAACCUACCUCUGAUUGGAUGGGUUUAGGUAACAUACCUCUGAUUGGAUGGGUUUAGGUAACCUACCUCUGAUUGGAUGGGUUUAGGUAACAUACCUCUGAUUGGAUGGGUUUAGGUAACAUACCUCUGAUUGGAUGGGUUUAGGUAACAUACCUCUGAUUGGAUGGGCUUGGGUAACAUACCUCUGAUUGGAUGGGCUUGGGUAACAUGCCUCUGAUUGGAUGGGUUUAGGUAACAUACCUCUGAUUGGAUGGGUUUAGGUAACAUACCUCUGAUUGGAUGGGUUUAGGUAACAUACCUCUGAUUGGAUGGGUUUAGGUAACAUACCUCUGAUUGGAUGGGCUUGGGUAACAUACCUCUGAUUGGAUGGGUUUAGGUAACAUACCUCUGAUUGGAUGGGUUUAGGUAACAUACCUCUGAUUGGAUGGGUUUGGGUAACAUACCUCUGAUUGGAUGGGCUUGGGUAACAUACCUCUGAUUGGAUGGGUUUAGGUAACAUACCUCUGAUUGGAUGGGUUUAGGUAACAUACCUCUGAUUGGAUGGGUUUAGGUAACAUGCCUCUGAUUGGAUGGGUUUAGGUAACAUACCUCUGAUUGGAUGGGUUUAGGUAACAUACCUCUGAUUGGAUGGGUUUAGGUAACAUACCUCUGAUUGGAUGGGCUUGGGUAACUUAGCUUUUGUACGCAUUGCAACAGUAUCAAUAGGAGUCUGCCUUAUUCAGUGCCGUCUGUUCUGUAAGUCCAUAGGAUAACAGGUGUCCGUCCUGUCCUGCAUGAAUGUCUAUGAUAGCAUGUCUAGCUCUCUGUGGCUUGCAUCCCAAAUGGCACCCUAGGUCCCAAAGGGCUCUGGUCAAAAGUAGCACACUGUAUAGGGAAUAGGAUGCCAUUUUGGAUGGCUGUCCUGAUAGCAUCUAUAACUCUGUCUGUGGACUCGCUCGGCAACCAUCUCUCUUUUCCCACUGUAACACAAUUCAUGAUUUUUGUCUGAUUAUACUGUAUAUGGAUGGACAGGAAAAUACACAUUUAUAUACAUAAUUAGUGUUACAUUAUGGAAAUAAAGUUAUUAUUGUUUUUGAUUAA